UCAAUUCGCUGGCAGUGAUGAGAGUGUAUCCCAAACAACCAGCAGAUUAGGUUCAUGAUACUAAUCAUACCAACGCUGUAAUAACGGAUGCAUACGUGAUCUGUACAUGCCAUUAUGACACACUGACAGACGAAGGACUAACUGCAUUCACUGAGUCACAGCUACUGUAUUUAGUAUCAGGAAACUUGAGACGCAAUGGCGAAUUAUGCAAAGUACUCCCCUCCUGUGUCACCAACACCACCAUCACCACCAGUGUCACCUUUUCUUAGUCGAUCAAACAGCAAUGGAACCACAAUUAACCACAGAAAGGAUUCUCAUCUCACAGCAACAGCGAAGAGACAAAAAUAUUUUCGCCGCCUCUUCAAAUUUCGUCAAAUGGACUUUGAAUAUGCAUUCUGGCAGAUGAUUUAUCUUUUCAUUUCUCCUCAAAAAGUGUAUAGAAACUUUCAAUACAGAAAACAGACGAAAGACCAGUGGGCGCGAGACGACCCAGCAUUCCUUGUUCUGCUCACGUUCUGGCUGUGUGCCUCUUCCAUCGGGUUCAGCCUCGUCCUCCGACUUGGGUUUUUGGGGGGCCUCAAGUUCCUGCUGUGGGUCAUCUUUGUCGACUGCAUCGGAGUGGGACUUCUGAUCGCCACUUUGUUCUGGUUCAUCGCCAAUCGCUACAUGUUGGUGAGUCCUCCUAGAGGACAGGAUGUGGAGUGGGGCUACGCUUUUGAUGUUCACCUCAACGCUUUCUUUCCCCUGCUCAUGAUCUUACAUUUCUUCCAACUGCCAUUUUUGAAUUAUUUCAUCAACACACACAUGUUUGCAUCACGAUUAUUUGGGAACAGUUUGUGGCUGAUAGCUAUUGGCUACUACAUUUACAUUACCUUCCUGGGGUACAGCGCUCUGCCUUUCCUCAAGAACACGAGAAUGCUGCUGUUUCCCAUGACGGGCAUCCUGCUUGUCUUCAUCCUGUCUCUCGCCCUCAACUGGAACUUCAGUUGGCUCAUGUCCAGCUUUUAUCACUUCCGGGUCAUGCCCUGAUGUUUGCCAGAUUGGACUUGGGGCAAAACAGUGAUAAUGUAAACUGAUGACGUUUUACAAGACAGAUGAAGAAUUGUCACUUUUUUUUUUAACACGGUGUGGAAACUCCACUUCCCAGCUGUUGAUGCAAGCCGAAAAGAUGGCUGAAUUGUUGGAAGCCGAAUGUCUGUCUGGGCAUCGUGUGUAUUUUGUAUGUCUGUGUGCGUAUAUUGUGUGUAUGUGUGCGUGUACAUAUGUGUGGUUUUGAGAUAUGGUGUAUCAAGGUGUGUACGCGCUUUACUUCUCUAUUGCAAUUCAGGUAUGUGAAAUAAGAAAACGGUUAAUGCUGUAGGUGGAAUUUCCUUUUCCGGCAUAAGUGUUUGCCAGGAAAUGUAUCGCAUAAUGCAUGCUGUACCGUUUUUUUGUUUUUUAAAAAAUAUUAUGAAGUCAAAGAAAAACCUCAUUUCCUAGUACAAAAGGUUGUGUGAUGUUGACUGCACACCUCUCAGAUUAUCGAUGUACAAAACGCAGAGGUGAGUGCUCUGUUGGGUGUGGUGUUCUCUCAGUCUUUUCAACAGCCUUUCUGUUUGGUAACUGUUAAGAUAUUUUCAUUAUUUUUAAUAUAAUAUCGGAAUAAUCAUAUGAUCAUUGAACAUGCGAGAGCGUGGAUUCUUGGUCCCUUUUCUUCUUCUGAAAUGUGUUCAAAAAUUCCGAUAGCUUUGCUAGUGUACAUUUCAUUAAGUAGUGUGUGCUGCUGUGUGAUGAGUUGCUGGCUUUCCUCGUCUCUUUGGAAUCUUUUUCUACACGUCUCUCAGUGGUGAUUUAAAUGUGUGAACAAAGGAAGAGGUAUCGUGUUUGUUGUUUGACUGGUUAUUUCUUUUUGUGAGCAGGUCAAUACAAAUCCUUAAAUUAUCUUAUUCAUAACGUGUGUGAUCCAGUGCAUUGGGAGUCUGGAUUGAGUGGAUGGUUGUGGAAUUGGUGAGGAAGAUGCUUUGUUUGCCUGACCGAGACGUGGUUGUUGGAAUACUGUGUGAAGUGUCAUUGUGGUAUAUGAAAUCAAAUGUUCAUAUCAUGUGCUGGCUCUGGUUUUCUGAGACAAUUGUAGCCUUUGUGAUAUGUAUAUUGAGUCUGUAUAUAUAUAUAAACACAGAUAUAAUGUGGAUCAAUGUGUACCGGAGGGGACUAGUUACAGCUUCAUCUCGGAGCGACCUUGUAGACUGACUGAUGGGUUUUUUUCUUCUUUUUUUUGUUGAAAUUGUUGUUUCCUUUAUGUGUACAGACAUGUUUUCAGGAGAGUUUUUUUUGUAUUUGAGCUACCUUUUUCAUUGCUUUGAGGUACAUUUACAGGAUCAUAUUUUCAAAAGUAUAUCAAUUAGUUAUGAGGAAAAAAACCCAACCCCUCUUUGCCUCAAAAAUGAAAAAUACAGAAGACUCCAAAUACGUCUUAUGUGAAGAGUUCCAGGUUCAACUAUAUGCUACACACGUAUAUAUAUUGAAUUUAUAUACACACUAUCUGCUAGUGGGUGUGGCAUAGUUGUCGAUUAGAAACUGGGUGUAUUUGAGGAACAUAUAACUUGGUUUGAGUGAUAAAUUAAAUAGAAUUUUUGUUAUCCUUUGUUGAAGAUUUCCUUUUUAGCCGGUGCCUGCUGCAGGACAAAGAUCUUGGACUUUUAAAUUACGUACUGUAAGUUAUGGCCUCUGAGGCGUUGUUGGUUUUUUUUUUUUUACCCCACUCUCUGACCCCAGCUUCUUACAGGACUUCAGCGGAGUGUCUGUGGAUGAUUGGGGGGGCGCUGAGACGGACAAGUGAGACUCGACUGUUUUUUAGACUGGUACUCACAUUCAAACAGCAGUCUACACAUCUGCAUGCACACAUACUACUCACAUGUGUUUGAUUUUCUUUGUAUUGUCUCGGGUAUGUGACGUGCUGUGUGCAGUUGUGAGAGAGUGUGGCAUUUGGUACUGUAUUCCAGCACCCCACACUGUCAGAAUGUGUGAUCCUUUCUGUGGCAAAAUUAUAAUACAUUUCAAAAAACGAAAAUGGAGUUGGGGGUGGUUUUUCUCCUAACUUACACUCAGUUUGUGAGUAGCCUAAGCAGUAAAUGACUCUGUUCUUUGUUAUAAUAUUGCCGAGUUAAAAUCAGAAGAAAGAGUUGUCGCUUUCUAGCAUCAGAAUUAGACAGUGCUUUACUUGACGUGUUUUUGGAUUGCAACCCUGUUUGAUUAAUUGUGAUUGUGAUAUAGAGGAACUAAAAUUUCUUUCGUCACUCUCUGUCUUAGGCUUUAGCCAGCGUGAACAGAAUAUAAAUGCGUGAUACUCUGAUUUAUGCUGUUAUCAAUCAUUAUCAAAGUGAGUUUCGCUAGGUAUACUGCUGCUGCUGCACAGGAAUGGGUUUGUAACUGAAUGCUCUUGACACUUUACAGAGCAAAAGGAACGUGCUGGUCUAUGAAGCUCAAAGAAAGGAAUUAAUUUCAGAAUACAUCAUCCCGCAGGUUCCUUCUCUACAAGUGUAGACUUGGGAAUAUACCCAUUCGAUUCUUAAGAAUAUAUAUACCUAUUCCAUUGAGAUAAUUAAUGAGAACAUUCUUUAACUUAUGGUUUAGGUAUUCUGUUUUUGGUCUAGAGCUUUUGAAAUUACAUUUGAAAAAGUGGCAGCAAAAAGUUCUAGUACAGACACAUAGCUAUUGUUGGUACAGAUAUUAUAUAUGUUCAUAUAAUUAAUAUUUGCAGUCGUUAUAGUCAUUAGCCUUCAGGUUUAUAAUACAAGGGGUUCAUAUUAUGUGGCUGAAGAAACUGCAUUCUAGCACAUACAUAGCGAACAGAUUUUCAGGUCUGGAAUGUUUUCAUAUCGUCACUACGCACUAUGCUAGCAAAAUGGCAUGACUCAAAGUUGUGCCAAAAUGCAACACACCUUUUAUUUUGUUUCGUGGUAGGCCUACUAUGCCUAUUUUUCAGUAAAAUCAAAACAAAGAUGUUCUGGCAGCCACAAAAGAAACAUGCAUGGCAAGUUUUAUCAUUAUUAGAUGAUAAUAAAGUUUUAAAGUUUUUUCUCUUUUUUUCCAAAGUAGCAAAAAUGAGCUGUGCCACUUUGUAAUAUUGACUGAAAUUUGCACAUAACAAAAAGAUUUCUGAGUCUGGCUGAUUUUGCUAUGUGUGUGCUAGACUGUAGCCAACUUGUACUCUUUUUCUAUAGAUUUAAACCAGUCACAGAUUUCUUGCUGAAAUGAAAUAUAGGCCUAUACGUUUUUUUUUUUUUCUGAAGUAGCUAGAUGUGUACAGUUUUUGUGGCUUGAUGAGGUGCAGUCUAUGCAUGGUCGUACUACUAUGUGUACAUAUGUGGGGGUUGAAACAUUGAUUACUUUAUGCCUCUUCGUUAAUUAAUGUCAUCAAUGAAAGUAAUAAAUUUUAUUACAUUAUACAAUGCAA